AAUGGCUUUCUGUGAUCGCACACAAUAUUUGGACGAGUUGUGUAAUCCAUGGAUGGCCCUGCAACGAUGUAGGCCUAGUCAAAAGUUCUGAGAUUGGGCCUAUAUUUGUCAUUGACACACUCUGUGUAUCCUCGCACCUGUGCAUACAUUGAAGUGAAACUUGGUGGUGUUGACAUGGAGAACUAUACUAAGGGAGAAGUACAUGAGGUCCCCACUUCUGUUCCAUUUCCACUGGAAAAUUCUGGGGUGGAGAUGAAAGUUACAGCAGGCAGCAAGAUUAGGAACCUUCUUGGAUAUUCCAUGAAGAAAAUCAAGGAACCUGAGGUAAAACAGAUGACAUGGAAUGCAUCAGGACCAGCGAUCCCAAAAGCAAUAUCCUGUGCAGAGAUCAUGAAGAGGAAAAAUAAGUCACUACAUCAGAUAACCAGGCUUAUGAACAGAAGGAUAGAAGAAUACUGGGAACCAAAGGUUGAUGGACUAGACAGACUCAAGGUGAAUCGGGACAUCCCUGCCAUCUAUAUCCUUCUGUCCAAGAUACCUGUCGACACCGCCGAUCCAGGGUAUCAAGCUCCAGGAUCUCUGAAUACUUUAUGGACAUCAACACCAUCACAACACAGCAGUCCCACACCACGUAAACAUGGCCGAGAUUCUAACCAGCAAGGGUCUGCAACGGGCAAACGUCAACGAAAAGGCAAACAUCAAAAAGACAACAAAAAUAGAACUGGAAACAAUGUGGAUAGAACGUGAACAGCUGUAAUGUGACACAUGUACAGUAGACAAACAAAGUUAGCCGAUUAUUACCUGUGGUUAGCUGAUAUUGACUGUGGAGGAAGGUUAGCCGAUAUAUUAACUGUGGAGGAAAGAUUAGCUGAUAUUGACUGUGGAGGGAAGAUUAGCUGAUAUUGACUGUGGAGGGAAGAUUAGCUGACAUUAAUUGUGGAAGAAAGAUUUAAUCUUUAUAUAGCUUAUAUUGACUGUUGAAGAAAGAUUAGCUGAUAUUAAGUGUUGAAGAAAGAUUAGCUGAUAUUGACUGUGGAGGGAAGAUUAGCUGAUAUUGACUGUGGAGGAAAGAUUAGCUGACAUUGACUGUGGAGGGAAGAUUAGCUGAUAUCGACUGUGGAGGGAAGAUUAGCUGAUAUUGACUGUGUAGGAAAGAUUAGCCGAUAUUGACUGUGGGGGGAAGAUUAGCCGAUAUUGACUGUGGAGGAAAGAUUAGCUGAUAUUGACUGUGGAGGGAAGAUUAGCCGAUAUUGACUGUGGAGGGAAGAUUAGCUGAUAUUGACUGUGGAGGAAAGAUUAGCUGAUAUUGAUUGUGGAGGGAAGAUUAGCUGAUAUUGACUGUGGAGGGAAGAUUAGCUGAUAUUGACUGUGGAGGAAAGAUUAACUGAUAUUGACUGUGGAGGAAAGAUUAGCCGAUAUUGACUGUGGAGGAAAGAUUAGCUGAUAUUGACUGUGGAGGGAAGAUUAGCUGAUAUUGACUGUGGAGGGAAGAUUAGCUGAUAUUGACUGUGGAGGGAAGAUUAGCUGAUAUUAACUGUGGAGGGAAGAUUAGCUGAUAUUGACUGUGGACGGAAGAUUAGCUGAUAUUGACUGUGGAGGGAAGAUUAGCUGAUAUUAACUGUGGAGGGAAGAUUAGCUGACAUUAAUUGUGGAAGAAAGAUUUAAUCUUUAUAUAG